CGUUCUUUCAUUCUUUCUCUUUCUUUCUUUCUCUUUUUUCUCUCAUAGCUUCUGCAAACAGUUCCAUCCCACAAGCUUCCAAACAAAGAGAAUUAAUGGAAAGUGAGAUUUGAAAGAAAGAAAUAUUUAGUUCUCUUUGAUGUUCUUGCUGCAGCUAGCUAGCUGCUAUUCUGAGAAUAUUAUUUUGCAUAUAUAGUUGAUGGCUUUCUUAUUACUAUUAAUAAGUCUCUUCCUUAUUGAUCAUGAUAUAGAUGAUGGCAAACCACUAUGCAAUUCCUAUGCCUAACCCUUUAUAUAAACACCAGAUCCCGAACCCCUUCUCUUCUUUUUCUCCUUCUUCUUCCUUUCUUUUUCUUAUUGCUCGUGUUGAGAACGGACACGUGUCCAACAACAACAUCAUCAUCAUCAUCAUCAUCUUCAUCGGGUUUGGUUUUUUCAUGGUUUUCUGGUGUGGAGUGAGAACUCCAAUAUGACCAUGGUUCCUUCUCAAAACGGGAAGCAACAACAGAACAACAUUAAUAGGAGUGGUGAUUAUGUUAUUUACGGUAACACAACAACGAAUAGUGCGAUGAACCAAGUUGAAGGAGGCUACAAUUGCUUGUUAGGAGCUGAUAUUGUGGUGAGGAGGCACAUCAUGGCCGAGGCUGAAGAAUCAUCGAGACACAACAACCCUAACGAGGAAGAUGAAGUUGGAGGUUGUGGUUCAACCUCAAAGGAAGAAGAAGAAGAAGAAGGAGCACACAACAACAACAACAAAAACAAUAACUGGCUUCAAUUAAGCAUAGGUUUGACAAGCACAAAGCAAGAGCGUGAUAAUCGAACCGCUGUUCCAACAACAACCGGUUCAGGGCUUGUUGAGUUAGACUUGCUUCCUUCACGGCGGAGCUCAGAGCAGCAGCCAUCACCGGCGAUUUUUCCGGGGGUGGCUUCAGGGAGAGGAGGAGGGUCUAGUUUUGGUGGUUCUUCUUCAUCUCGUUUGCUUUUUGAGCAGCAUCACCCAACGACUUCGUAUUCUUCUUCUUCUUCUUCUUCUUCCUCUUCCAUGUCGUCGUCGAUGAUGUCUAUGGCAAGUGGUCCAAUUACAUCAUCAACCUUUGGUCAUCACGAGAUGAUGAACCGGGCAUUUGGUCCACUACUUCCUCAUUCAAUGCCUAUUAUGCCCUCUUCUUCUUCUUUCACUCCUCUUCCUAUUCCUUCUUCUUCUUCCUCUUCACAAACUUGUUACUCUUCUUUGAGGCCUCAUCCCUUAGGAUCUUACUUUCCCACAGUACCCUUUCAUCACUUCCCUUCUUCUACUUCCUCUUCCGGGUUUGAUCAAUAUGACGUGGCAGCAGCUGGGGCUGGACCAAGCUCCGAUAAUGUCACCGUUCGGGUUGUUGAUCCUCCUAGAAGACCUCAUUCUGGAAUAUGGUUUAUGUUACUAGUCUCUCCAAAUCAAGCGAGAGAACCAUUCUUGUCACAAAUACCUAAGAACUACCUUAGAAUUAAGGAUGGAAGGAUGACAGUUCGGUUGCUAUUGAAGUAUCUGGUUAGCAAACUCAGACUGGAAAGCGAAUCAGAGAUAGAGAUAACAUGCAGAGGGCAGCAACUUUUACCUUUCUUGACGUUGCAGCAUGUGAGGGAUAACAUUUGGAGUCCGAGGGACACCACAAGACCUUUGCUUUCAGAUUCCUCAACCACCACAGAUCAUGUCAUGGUGCUCCAUUACUGUAGAACCACAAACUGAUCGAAACUGAGGACCCCCAAAUAACUUCAAAUACGUCGUGUUAAUUAAUUGUAUCCCUAAUUGUUAACUUAUGAUCGAUCUAAACCCUUUUUCCCUCUUUCUUUUUCCAAUUUUUCUAUUCUAAUGGGUUUUUAUUAUUAUUUAUUUUGAUUUUUCUUCCCCUUUUAUAUUUCUUUAAUUGACAUGGAGAUUACGGAAAAACACAUCCCCCAAAACAGUGUUUAUUCAAUUAGGGUUUUGGGGUGAGUAGCAUUACCCAAAAUUGUAUUCCCACGUGGGUGAGUAAUUAUCAUCAACUGUAUUAGCAAGCACAAAACUCAAUCUAAUUUGAUCACUAAC